CUAACAGAAGAUCCAACGGCUGCUCGCCAACGCAGGCCGUGAUUUGCAGUCGCUUUAGAUUGAGAACUUGGCUUUGCUUUUCUCCUUCAUUCUUUGAAUAAUAUUCAGAACAUCAUAAUCACUUCACCAACUAGUACCAUCAACAUUCAACAAAACUAUCUUCUUCUAAAACCAUGGGUGCAGAUGAGAGUAGUUGUAGCUCAUCAUCGCUGAAUCACAGCUGUAUCAACGAUAUGAUGAUGGUUGCUGAGGAGGAGUCUCUUGAGUCGAGCAGAAAGAGGAAACUGCCAGCUGAAGAAUCAGACUUGUUACCCUUAUCAAAACACUUGUGUCUGGAGCAGCAACAAGCUUCUCUUCCUGAUUCUACAUGUCCAUCCUCAGAUAUUGAAUCUGCAGAGUGUUCUUAUGCUAUGGAAGACACAAAAACCGGUGAUGAGACCUCUUCUUCUGCAUCUGUGUGCAUGUCUAAAGACUCUUCUUAUUCAACCGGAAGAUCAAGUUGGAGAUCUGGUUAUGCAGCAUCAGGCAUAGACCAAUGCUGUUCCAAAGUUAAUGACAAAAUACAAGAAUAUGUUGAAGACCUGGAGUUCAUUUGUUCCGAGUUUGCGGUUGAAGAGCUUAUAGGCAGUGAAGAUUCGAAUCCAGAAGGCUCUUACACUCUUUCUUCUGCACGGUGGAGUGUAAGCAACCAAGAUUCAGAGGAAGCUACAAAGAAACCAACUAUUGAUAAAGAGUUUGAGGAGUAUUUUUCAACACUUAUGAUGUAAAACAAAGAAAUGCUACUACAUAUCUAUCACUAGUCCCUGCAAUAUUAUGUAAAUAUUUCAACAUGACAAUGGUUAAGUAUUUGUCUUGUUCAUUGUUCAUUUCCUUACUCCCGCAAAUUUAACUUAAGAAACACUUUCACAUAUCACUACAUAAACAAAACAGAGUUUCAAAUCACACAUUCAAUUUCCAACAACAUGAAAAACACAAUCCAAGAACCAAACCACAGUUCCUUGUCUGAAUAAAACCUAACGAAAAGAAACACAAUUCGAUUUCCGAGAAUCUCAGUUUUUUUCUUAAACGAUGCACAAAAGGGAAGAUGGAGACUAAAAUCUAGUCUCAGAGAGCAACAAUACUACACUGCAAAUGGGAAAACAUGUAUCUACAAAAAGACAAGCAAAUCAAACCCUAGAUCGAAAUUAAAAAAGAAACACAAGAAUGAAAUCUUAAGCGCAUGCUUCUCGUCGAGGAUGUGCAUAGAACAGAGUCUCCAGAUCCGGCGGCUGAAAGUAACCAUUCCUCGGCGGAUCUCGUUUCCUCACCACCAUUGAUUUCUUCCUCGGCGGCGGUGGACAAACCAACGACACCGGAAUCCUAUACUUGGUGCUUCUCGGCGUCGUACACCCUUCCUCCGUCAUCUCUGCACUCCUCAUCUCCACCACCUCCUCCAUUCUCUCCUACUCUUUAGAUCUCUCUCUCUUUCUCUCUCGAGAUUUCAAAAUCCAAAGGGCGGAAAAACUUUUGAAGUGUGAGAAGAAGCGGUUACUUGUUUAUUUAUAUAUAAUUAUAAUAAAAGUAAAUAGAUUUUAAUCAAAUCUUGAAAUUUUUUGGUUUCCUUUUAAAACAUUUCGAAAUUUCUGAAAUUUAGGAGGG